UUUAAGAUAUAAAUACAUCAUUAUGAAAUAUGUAUGCUUUUAUGCGCAAGAAUUCCAAGACUUCAGAAUUCAGGAAUUGGAAUCAAUAUGUGGCUUAUUUAACAUCAAAUUAGACAUUAAUUUACAUUCAUAUAAAGUUGAGAAACCAUACUUAUUAAUAGAUGUGAAGAAUUUGAGCGACGUUGAAAAGAUUUUAUCACGAAGUAUCUUAAUGAAGAAUAUAUCAGAAUUGUGGGGGCAUGGCAAAACGUUUGAAGAUAUAGCUAGCACUUCAGAUUGGAAGACACAUUCUAAUGAUGGUACAUUUAAAUUUGAAGUGGAUGUUUUUAACAAGAAAAUCACACUCAGUGAACGUGUUGGCUACAUAGAGGAGAUUCAAAAAUACAUUAGCAUACCUGGCGAGGUUGAUUUAAAAAAUCCAUCUAUCAUUUUCAAUAUGUUGUUAAACUUUGAUAAUGAUCAGCUUGAUUACAUCUAUUUUGGUAAGCUGGUUGGCUACAGUCAAAGAAAUGUGAUUCAUCAGUAUAAUUUAAAGACUAGAUAUUUUAUUGGAAAUACGUCAAUGGAUCCACAGUUAGCAUUGCUUAUGGCAAAUCAGGCCCAGGUGAAAGAUGGUAGUUUUUGCUACGAUCCUUUUGUGGGAACAGGCAGCAUUAUCAUCGCAUGCUCCCACUUCGGUGGCCUCUCUGGUGGCAGUGAUAUCGAUUACAAUAUCAUCUACGGGCGAGGUAAAUCAUCAAGGGCUGGCAAUAAAAACUUCAGAGCUCGUGAUGAGAUUAUUCGCACAAAUUAUGAUCACUACAAACUUAUGGAUAAGUAUUGGGACAUCAUGGCUGGUGACGCAACGAAUAUACCGUUUCGUGUGAAAGAGUUGUUUGACGCCAUAGUAACCGAUCCACCAUAUGGCAUUCGUGAGGGAGGCAGGAAGUUAGGUUCUAAGAAGGACACGACAUGGGAUAUACCUGAAGACAUUCGCGAUGAACACAUACCAGCCAAAAAACAUCACAAUUUAUCAAACAUUAUAACUGAUUUGCUCCACUUUGCUUUCAACUAUCUCGUGUUAGGAGGACGACUGGUGUAUUGGCUACCUGUUUAUAAACCAAGCUGGACAUUGGAAGAUUUUUUAUUCCAGAUAUUUUGUAUUGGAAAAAUGAGAGUUUUUUGUUUUCCAUGUGGUGCUCAUAAUGCCGGUCUUUUUCAAAACUCUCAAAACAAUCUAAAGUUUAAAUCUGGGAUGAACAUUGACAGUUGGACUUUGUCAAGGUCACAGUGAGGGUUAUAACGGAUAGAAGUACGUGUGUUGACAUUAAACGUCUUAGUCCAGACAUACAUGGCGCAUUUGGCCACCUUGAAAGUUUAAAACUCAUUUUUUGUUUUUCGAAGUCCUACGAAGUCCUAUUACAAGUGGACCUAUAUAACAUUGAUAAAGAUGGUUUUUACGAUAACCAGGUGACCAUGCGGUAUUUUGCAGACCAGACUAUAUAUGAAUUAACUCUAUUUACUCCCCCGUUUCAGUAAAGAAUAAAAAAAAGGUAUAUGGGUUAAUUUAUUUCUUGCAUUGCAGAUUUACGGUUGAAAAUACUAAAAACAGUCUAAAUUUCACUUUUUAUCACCCGAACACCAACCUAAUUAAUAUUGUUUAGUUUUAUGUUUUUAGAAUUAUCGCAAGUGUUUUCGAGUUUUAAGGUGACCAAAUGCGCUAUAAAUCAUUAAACUAUUUUGCCCAACAUUAUAGCUACUUAUGCAACUUUUUAAAGAGUUUGCUACUAAAACAGUUGUUUUAGUAGCAGCGUUACAGUUGGCAAAACGUUGUGCAAUGUUGGCCUGGCUAGUUCUAUCUU